AUGGAUCUGCUAGUCGGCGACCGGAUGAUGGGAAUCGCUAACGUGGUGAUGAGAGUACCACCGCUGUUUAUAAUCGACGAGCUGCUGAGAAUUGGCGUCGGGAUGCCGGAGGAUACAAUAGUCCUUAAUGCCACUGACUAUGAUUACAACAAAUAUGCCAGUGUCCAAAACACACUUGUCGGAUCAAUAGCCUCUGUCGCUUCAACCGAACCCUCUUUAAUACACUCUUUUAAUAUUAAUUGUUACUUUUUUCAAGCUUACGUUCUCACUCUUGUGAGGUUUUUUGCUUGCUCUUUUGGUAUCGCCGCCUCUCUUUACAUAUUUAUGCUCUGGACCGGUCAUUUAAUAAUCGUCUACAUGUACCUGAUCUCAGUAGGAACAAUAUUCGUGUCCUACUGGUCAAACGUUCGAACAAUGCAAUCAAUAAUCUCCUACACUCCAACUUACGACCCAAACAUCACACUUCUUAAAAGCGUAUCCGAAGUUCUCCCCUCAAGCAUCAGUCACCUUUUGGACGGAAUUGGAAUCACCGUAAUCCAGAACUACUUGCUCCAAUUUUCCCUGGCGACAGUCUUCUACUACAUCAACCUAGCUCCGCGUCACGUUCUUCUGGACAAGUUGCUCUUCAUAAGCUUCCUCACCCCCGCAAUCCUGGGGAUUUUUCCACUACCUCCAAGUGUCUUGCACCACGCACCAGCGCUAGCAGCCCUGCUUCCCCUGCUAGUCUGCAAGUUCAUCCUGUGGUACAGCAGCAUCUCCAUGAUAAAGAUAAUCCACUCUGGGUACCGCCACGCCAGAACCUUCAUCAGCAACUACGGACUAUCAGCAUUAGCAGAAAUCGAGUGGAUGCGCCUGAACGUGCCCAACGUCCUUCGAACAUUCUGGCUGUUGCGAGUCCUGGAGCAAGUCGUCCAAUUACUAAGCACCCACUACACCGAUGAUUCCUUCACCCUAUCAACCCUAAUCCGAACAUUGUUGGUAAACGGCUGUGAAACACUUACCGCAUUACUGGGUAUGACUUCCAUAAUCUCAUCCAUCUGCCACUACAUUGGGUGCUUCUUCCGUUGGGUUUUGCUCACCGAGGACGAUGAAGAGAAGAGCAUCGGAACCGUCUCCGCAAUUCUGUUCUACAUCCUGGCUCUGCAAACUGGCCUAACUUCCCUAGACCGGGAAAAACGCUUGGUCCGGCUCUUCCGAAACUUCUGCCUCUUGUCCACCGCAGUUCUGCACUUCGUCCACAAUAUUGUGAACCCAGUUCUGAUGUCACUAAGUGCUUCGCACAAUCCAGCGUUAAGAAGGCACUUAAGAGCGCUAAGUGUCUGCAUAUUCCUGAUCAUCUUCCCAAUUAUCCUCCUGGUCUUCCUUUGGUCCCACUUCAGCCUGUCCACUUGGCUUUUAGCAGUUUCAAUAUUCUGCAUCGAAGUUAUUGUUAAAGUUUGCGUGUCAUUGGCAAUUUACGGACUGUUCCUUUUUGACGCCUAUCGAAGCACAUUUUGGGAACCACUUGAUGACUGCCUCUACGUGAUUCGCAGCUUUGGGAACACAGUUGAAUUUGCUUUUGGCGUGAUUCUCUUCUUCAACGGCAUCUGGAUCCUCUUUUUCGAAUCUGGUGGCGCUAUUCGCGCUAUUAUGAUGGGCAUUCACGCGUACUUCAACAUUUGGAGCGAAGCUAAAGCCGGAUGGAGCGUUUUCAUGAAGCGACGCACUGCGGUUUAUAAGAUCAACUCCCUUCCAGAAGCUAAUAAUGAACAAUUGCGCAGCCUUGAUGAUGUUUGCGCGAUUUGCUAUCAAGAAAUGAGAAGCGCUAAGGUUACUAGGUGCAACCAUUUCUUCCACGGGGUCUGUUUAAGAAAAUGGCUCUAUGUUCAGGACAGGUGUCCGCUCUGCCAUGAUAUUCUUUAUAAAGUAGAGGUUCCGGCGGAAAAGGAACCGGUUCAGGCACCUGGAGGCAGUAAUCAGGAUAAUAAUAAUCAAGAGAGGGAUAAUGGGGUUGAAAUUGAACGACCUGAUUUGGCGCCUGGAAGGGAGUCUUCGACGAUUAUCAGGUGA